CAGAGAUUGUCAGAACGCGGUACUCUGUCUCGGAGGGUGAUCGUGUAGCGCGUUGUUCGCGAACUUAGCAUCGCGCGGAAACCGUAUUAACCGGUAAAAAUGGCGGCGUCGUGGAUUCUGGCUGUGGCGCUUCUAGCUAUAACCUCACCAGUACUGUCGGCUCCCGCUGCUCAACACGCAGAUGGUUCGCGGGAAAUGAAACCGGAUGUGCCUGUGGAGGAAUUGGAAAAGUUAAAGGCUGGUGAACCCAGCAAGGUAGAACAUGCUUCGCAUAUUGAAUACCACAGUCUCGAUGCAGUGAAAUCCAACGGUGAAUUAAUCUCUCGACUGGAGCAGCACGCCUCGGCUGACGCGGCGCCGGGAGAAAAGCCCAUCGUUCACGCUCAGGCGAAACUGGACGUGCCUUCCGAGGGCGUCCACUGUACGAUGGUUCAAGAGGGCUCGCAUGUCAGUGUGGUUGACGCGACUACGCCUGCUGGCGAGGAGGUCACUACUAAGGUAUUCCACGGAGCGGCUCGCCUGGUGCAACCAGGCACGGCCACCAACAACCAGAAGGACGGCCACACUGCCAUCCGGCGCGCCUUCAACGCCGACAUUACCAAGGAAACCAAGAACAAUAUUGAUCAUUACGCUUCAUACGCCGGCGUUCAGUACUCUCCUCUCGACAUGGCGGAGUACGUGUUUUGGACUAGAGACGAGCGCGGAGUCACUGCGGCAAUCGAAGAGUUCCUGCAGGAAGGAAUGAUGUCCAAGGAAGAAGCCAUCGCAUUCCUCCAGGAGAUUAAAUUCAACAUCGACUACCUACGAGCACACUAUUCGCAGAACGUUCGAGCCGAGGAAACGGCGCAGCAGGAGAAGCUCAGGAGUCUGCUGAUGGAACAAGCUAACAAGGACUACCAAUACCGGCCAAUGUCCCUCCAGUCGUUCCCGUUCGGGAACAGCCCGGACAUCGUCCGUUCCAUCGCGUCCAAGAACUGGGAGCUCAGCAACAACCUGUCGCCCAUCGCGCUGCCGGCCGAGCUCAGGCCCGACCCCGUUAAGCGGUUCGAUCCUAUGCUGCAGACUAAUAUCAUUGGCACGUCUGACUACGACCGCGACGGACCAGUCAUCACCGAGGAGGAAUACGAGGAGAUGAUGGAUAAACUGAAAGCCGCAGACACCCUGUACACCGAGUACACGCUUGAGGAGAUCAUCUACCAGCUCGCUAAGAUGAUGUUCUCUCAAUCGCUGUCCCGCGACCCUGCUACGGCACGCGCUGCCACGCAACGCUUCAUGGCGUUCCUGGAGCGAGAGGCCGAGCGCGGACAACUCUCGAGGACCAUCGAGAAGAAAGUGCUUGACGUGAUGAUCGCCGCACUGACGGAUACCAUCGGAGACCAUCCCGAGCUGAUGCAGGCGCGGGACAACAUCGGCAUCAACCCUGCUAACCGACUGAUGCGGCAGUUCUUGGAGGCGAGCUCCGCGGAGCCGAGCAUGUCGCGCGCCAUCCUCGCCGCCUACAAGGACGAGCUGCUCAAGGGCGUCCCGCACAAGAUGGGCUUCCCGGCCAACUAAACCCAUGCUGACGACUUUACACUUUACUUUUUAUUUCAUUAAUUAUGGAUUGUAUUAAGGCUCUGUCAGACGUAAAGACGGGACAUGACGGGAGGACGAUUUUCAAGUUUUUUUUUAAUGCACUUCUUAUUUUUAGGGUUCCGUAUUAUUUAUCUAAUUUGCGGUGUGUGGCGCGCUUUUCAAUUAUGGCCUUUCAGAAGAACGUUUAUUUAUUUUGUAUAAAUCUUUCUUUUUAAGGUGUGCUAUCCCAGUUAAUUACGUGAUUUAUAUUUUAUUAUAUUAAGUGGUUUCCGUUUCGUUGUUAAAAUAGAUUUGUUAAUUUUUAUGAUUUAUAAAAUGAAGUUUUUUUAUACGUAAAAUUAAGGUUAUAUUAUAGAUGGGCAUUACAAUUUACCAAACGCUGUAUUACUUAUAUAUAGACUUACUGUCCCGAGUAAAUAGCUAUAUAUUUUAAUCGUUACCUUUUAGAAACCAAAAUUUCGGCAGCUAAAUGCUCAAAAUAAAUAUUAACUAAGUACAUGUUAUGCUUACAAAGUUUAUGAAACUAUGAAAGCUAUAUGCUAGCUAUAUGAAAGCUAUAUGCGACUACCUAUCUUUUUUUUUUAUAUAACCUAAUACACCGAUUUAAUUCCAUAACAAGAGUACCCAAUCUACUUCUAUUGAUGUAAAUAUUUCACCGCUAUAAGUGUAUCAAUAUAAUGCAUUCACACGAUUAUUUUAUUAAUCUGGACAAAUGUAAGGUUAAGAGAAGCAAUGACAUAUAAUACCAAAGAAAUACCAAAUAUUAGAUUUGAGCAAAUGGAAGAGAUUUUAUUAAAUUAAAAUAUAUGUACUAGUUAUCUAUCAUUUAAUCGUUAAUGUUUACGAUCAUAUUAAAUGUUUAAGGAAAUACAUUUUUGUAUUAAAAGAUAAAUAGUAUUAUUUAGAAGUAGCUUUCAGUGUUUUAGUAGUGGAUAUCCUUGUUUAGCAUUAUUUUACUGACAAAAUUAUCUAGUUUAUAGUUAAAAUAUAAGUUACAUUGUAGCUUAAGACACAUUACGAUAUGAUAUAAUUAGCUAGUCAAAUAUUCUUCAUAUUUUUCUACAGCAUAAAACUUUGUGAGAGAUGUGCAAUUGAUUCAGGUUACAUAUUUAGAUAUUUAAAAAGGUCUUCCCUUAUAGAUUAUAUAAAAAAAUCGUAACUAUGCCCGUCGAAUAGAAUAAAGAAAUCUCAAAGAUUUUAAUAUAUUUACUGUAGUAUUUAAACGGAGUUAUGCUUCUAUACAGAAGAUUUUAAUUGGUUUGGUCCCUAUAUGUAGAAAUGGAAUAUGUAAAUAAAACAAAAGCUGGAAUUCAAAUUUGUUUUGCAUUUACAAUCUUUACAAUUGUUAAACAUGAAACGUCGUGUCAAAAAAUAACCAAUACAGUGUUUUUUUCAACUGCGCUUUUUCAAACAAUAGGGAUUUUCUCUUGAAAAGUUAUCAAAAUUCACUUGCCCCAAUAUUUUAGCUCUCUGAACGCAUAUCAGAAUUAAAUAAACAUAUCCCUAGAUUGAAUUUAUUUUUAAUAUCAAAUCUUUUUUACGCACCAAAGCGAAUUAUUCCUAUAUCUAUUUAGGCAAAAUUUUACUGAUGUAAAUUUGAAGGAAUUGCACAUCAGCAUCACUAUUAUGUAUCUCUCAACUCUAAUUAUAAAACAACAUUUAUGAACUUCAUAAAUAACAUAUUUUGUAAAAAUUGAUCAGAUCCAUGUCUUUCUAUUAGAAUCACAAAAUAUUAUUUACCUACCUACUUAAAGUAAGACUUGAAAUAUAAUAUUAAUCAGCAUUGUUGGAAAUAAUGCUAUGAUCGGCAAAAUUUAUUAUAUUUAUAUUAUUCUUUGAAAUAUAUUGUGGAUUUAAUAAAAAAGUUUAAAUGU